CAUUGCCAUGUUAUUUGUAGGGCUGGGGAGCAGUAUCAUUUAGCAAAAAGCUAUUUGCAGGCAUUUAUUUCUUUGAACUACUUACAUUUUACUUAUGGGGGUAAACAAAUCUGACUGAGAAAACAAGGAUGUCAGGAAAUGACCAAUGUCCCCUUUUUGUCUGGGGACUUUUAGCCUUUGUGGGUUUGUCUCUGAUUAUAUCCCUAAUCUUCAAUGUUUCCCACUGGGUGGAAAAGCAGCGACAAGGUAAAACCUACGACUACACUGAUGACUACAUUCCAACAGGUGAUGAAAAUUACACUGAAGAUAUACCAAUUUAUGGUAACCUUGAUAAUGUGCUUUCUGGACCCACGGAUGAAAGCUGCUAUGAACAAAUGAAAGCCCGGCCAGAGAGAGCUGUAAAUGAAAAGCAGGAAUGCUCCCCUACGCAGGCGGAAGCUGACACACCGAUGUGCUAUGCCUCCCUGGAUCACAGCUUCAAGAGGAAACCCAGAAAGCCAAAAGCUCAUUUUUCAGACAAUGACGAAAAUGAGAAAUUACAUGCAGUGGAUACCAGGCUACCUCAAAACAAUUCAACCCACAGUUUCAGAGAAGAAAGAGAGGAGGAAAGCAUUCAUGAUGAUCCCAUUAGACUAUUUGGUUUGAUUCAUGCAAAGAGAGAGCAGAUAAGCAUGCAAGACUAUGACCCAGCAUAG